AUGCAAUUGGGUUUAAGGGAGAGUCUCCCUGCUCUAGUAGCCAAGCGUUUCAUUGCAGCCAAGGAAAGUGGCCACCUAAUAUUCUCACAUACUCAUCUCUCCAUAGUCAAUUCUGGAGGAAUCUCGUAUCAACUUCGUUACUGUCCAGCUCUCGCAAAGAAACCUUCAGGCACUCCUAAAUCUGACAAGGACCGAUCAGGUCCAAAGCCCGAUCCUUUCGAGAAUCCCUCCACAGACCUUUUGAUCGCUCAGAUUCCUCAAGAAAAUCCAACACAUACACUUGUCUUGAACAAAUUCCCAGUCAUACCGAACCACUUCAUCCUCGCGACCAAGGCAUGGAAGCCGCAAACUGAUAUUCUCGAGAAGGAGGAUCUGGACGCUGCUUAUGCCUGCAUCAAAGCUUGGAAGGAUAACCAGACGGAACAGGAAGACUCGGGGUCAAAGAGACUAUUUGCAUUCUUCAAUUCAGGAGACGAGAGUGGCGCGAGUCAGCCCCAUAGGCAUUUGCAAUUCUUGCCAGUGGAGGCCAUGUCGCAGGGUGAUUCGGGAAGUUGGCGGCCUCUCAUUGACACGGUUUCAUCCCAGUCUGUAGGUCCCGACUCGGAGUACCGACGUUUGAGUCAAAUUCCCUUCGCCCAUUUUGCACUACCCUUGCCUCAGAACCCAACCGCAGAAACGUUGCAUACGAUCUAUUUAUCUUUGUACCGAGUAGCGCUCUCGACUGCGAAGGGAAGCCUGGGGGACCAUGCGCGAGCGAUAGAUGGCCCUGCGGCAAUCAGCUACAACUUAGCCAUGACCGAGUCGAUGAUGAUGAUUUGUCCUAGAAGAUGUGAAACUGCUCGUAUACCGGUCGACCCGAGCGCUUUGCCAGAUGUCCACGAACCUGGCGUUGUAGCCCUGAACGGCACAAUCCUGGCUGGAACACUUAUGGUCAAAGCUGAAGCUGAGUGGAAUGAGCUUCGGCGCAAUCCAGAUACGUUGGCAGACAUACUCGCGACUGUCGGCUAUCCCCAGCCAGACUCUCGUGGCCUCGCUCUGUUAUGA